UCCGAGGAGUGUAAACGGCGCACCGGGUCGGCUGAGUCGCGGACGUCGCGGUGUCCGGCACUACGCCCGGCUGAGACAGUCCAGGGGUGAACGGCGUGCACAGGCAGUGUUCGGCCGUCUCGCGUGCCGCCGAGUGGUGACCCGUGGAACCAUGGAGCGAUCGGUGGUGAUUACCCUGGAUAAUCAGCUGACCUCGGAGGCAUCACAGCCACCUCGACUAGGCACCUCAAGAAAAAAGCCAGUGAUAAUCAUGCAUCAUCAGGCAGCUUCUAGCACCCGCCAGUCCUUCAUUGUGCUGGGAGGCAUCUUUGUCACAUCACUUCUAUGCCUAGCCUAUGUUUAUACAAUAUUUCCAGAAAUGACUGAAGAGGAAAAACAAGACUUUAAACUGCCAAGAGACAUUGAAGAUGCAAAGAGACUGGGGAAGGUUCUCAGCAUCUACAAGGAGCAAUAUUACUUUGAAGUUAUGACAGGAAUCUUCAUCACAUACAUAUUCCUGCAGACGUUCGCCAUCCCGGGCUCGAUUUUCCUGUCGAUCCUGACGGGUUUCCUGUUCCCGUUCUGGGCGGCGCUGGUGCUCGUCUGCUUCUGCUCGGCCACCGGCGCCUCCUUCUGCUACCUGCUCUCCUACAUGGCAGGGAGGAAGAUCGUGCACAAGUACUUCCCCGAGAAGGCCAAGGAAUGGGCGCUCAAGGUGGCGAAUCAGAAGGACAACCUGUUGAACUACAUCAUCUUCCUGCGGAUCACGCCGUUCCUGCCCAACUGGUUCAUCAACAUCACGUCUCCGGUGAUCGAGGUGCCGCUGACGCCCUUCUUCAUCGGAACGUUCAUAGGCGUGGCGCCGCCGUCGUUCGUGGCGAUUCAGGGCGGCACGACGCUGCAGCAGCUCACCUCCUCGUCCGACGCCGUCUCCUGGUCAUCCGUCGUCUGGCUGGCCGUGUUCGCCUGCCUAUCGCUGGUGCCCAUCCUCUUCAAACAGAAGCUGAAACAGCGGUUCGACUAGCAUUUGGCGCACUUCGGCCGCCGGCUGUUCCGACCGCCCGGUAAGUCGCACCGGUCGGCGGUUGCGUCCCGCGUAGAGGACCAGUCAGGGCCGUCCGAGAGCGUCGGAGAGCAUUCGCGGUCGUCUGGGGGUCUGGUGAGCCAGCCGCGACAGUCUGUUAGUGCGAUCAGCCUGUCACGACAGUCGGCUGCUCCUCUCAGCCAAUCACGGCCGACGUUAAGUGCCAUGGGCCAAUCACGUCCGCCGCUCGGGCUGAUGGGCCAAUCGCAGCCGUCGCUAGGUGUAAUGAACCAAUCGCGGCUGUCUAUUGGACCACGAGGCCAAACCUGGUCCUCAUUCGGUCUAGCGGACCGUGCCCGAGCUCUGGCGGUCCGAUCCGGUCCCUCGAGGACCCUGAGUGACCCACCGGACCAUUUGGCCCCGUCGGAGAUCCUCUCGGACGAGCCGGGUGCACGUGCUGGCUGGUGCGACAGCAACAACGGCGGCUCGCUGGAGCCCAAGUCGGGACGAUCGAGUUCAUUCGGCGGGGCGUCGAACGCAGCCGGCGCUGUAGGACAUUCAUUAGGACAUGCGGGAAGGUGGUCACGUGAUACGCGACACCACCAGUGAAAGUGUCGAUGGGGCAGCACGUUAUCGUGUCAUGCCAGAGGCUAUAUCCACCGCUGUGAGGGAGUGUGGGUGCUCCGAGAUUCGGCAUUGAUGUGUGGGGUGCAGUGGGUAGGUCGUUUGGUGUUGUGUUCUACGAUAGGCGUUCUGAUGGACCCCACGGCGUGUUGAUUGAGACAGGUGUUUUGUGCGAUAUUUACUCUUCAAUGUGUUGAUUGUGAUAGUUUGCGUGGGAUCUGCGAUAUUAUCGUUUAAAGGUACUUAUGACAGACAUUCCGUCUAUGCCAGCACGAGUCACUGUG